AUGGACAGCUCCAGAAGUGUGAAGGAAGCUCGCACGUCACAUUUGAGGUGGGAGCACAAAGGUGCUGUUACCUGUACAGAGCAGCACCAGGCGUGGCUGAUUGGAUGUGGGGGAGACGAAGGCCCGUGCCCGGCGCGCAACAUUGGCGGCCGAAAGCUUUCUGAACAUUGCAAGGCCCUGCCGUAUAACUUUCACCUCCACGGUCAAAUCCGACUCCAUUCUCAAGAAGCCCGAAAUCUCUCGGUCUCCAAAGCUCUCAAGAUGGCGCGAAAUUCGGAAAAGGCGCAGAGCAUGCUCUUUCGCUUCCGCGAAGCGCAAGCAGCGGACCUGGGCAUUAUCGACAUUGGCCGGACAAGGCGACCGAGAGUGAUUACCGAAGUCGACUCGAUACCAUCCUGCGAAAAAUGGCGUGGCCAGGUACUGAAGGAGAUCUCGCGCAAGGUCUCGAAGAUCCAAGACACCGCGCUUAGCGACUACCAAAUCCGCGACCUCAAUGACGAGAUCAACAAACUCAUGAGGGAGAAGUACAUGUGGGAGGUGCAAAUACGGAAUCUAGGCGGUCCGAACUACAUGCGCGGGGGCGGCAAAAUAUACGACGAGCAAGGGCGAGAGAUACCAGGAGGCGGCAAGGGCUACCGCUACUUUGGCCGUGCGAGAGACCUACCUGGCGUCAAGGAACUGUUCGACGCAGCUAAGGCGAAGACGACCGACGAAAAACCACUGGAAACAAGAGACGACUUGCGAAAACAGGUCGAUGCCGCCUACUACGGUUACGCGCCAGAUGAGGAGGAUCCCGAACUGCUCGCGUACGAACUUGCAAAGGAAGAGGAAGCGUUCGAGCACAUGGCGAAGACGGGCAAGCAGCAACUGCCGCCCGAUUGGGAGCCAUUGCCAGGCGACACCGGCGAUGGAAAGGGUUGGGAACUACCGACGCUGGAGGAAGUGCAGGAAGAGCUGAUCAACCGGCGGCGGCAGAAGUUACUGGACCAAUUAUAG